AUGGCGAGCUACGAUCCCGGUGAUCCCUUUCGAUCUCACCUCAUAGCCCUACUUUCUGCCUAUGCCCUGGGUCCUGGAUCCCUCUCUUUGCCCAAGUAUACCGGCCCAUCCGACUGGCAGACAGAUUCUAUCUUGCGUACUCUCUCUGACUUUGCCGGGAGAAUGUACCGUGCUGAGAAGGCUCUUUGGUCUCUC